AUGUACUACGAGUUAUUCGCCAUAGCGCGUAUAACUGACCCAGUUCAGACCAGCAAGGAGGCCAAGAAAAUUGUGUCGACCAUUGGAAAAUUGAUUCUCAACAAUAGAGGUAUUAUCAGAGACAUCACUAGCAUGGGUGCCAGACCUUUGCCCAAGAUUAUGUCCAAGGAACAAGAAAGACAUUUCCAGGGCUACCAUUUCCUCAUGGGUUUUGACGUAUCUGCCACUGUUCAAUCGCAGUUGUUGAGAACUUUGAGAAGCGAUCCCAGAAUCUUAAGAGCCAACGUUGUCAAGCACGACCUCACCAAGAAAUUGAACUCUGGCUCAUCCAUCCAGCAGGCCGUGGAGGCUAUCAAGAGUCUGUAA